GUGGGUGGCGGAGUGGCUGAGGUGCAGCGUGUCACUACUUGUUGAUAUGGCUCCUAACAUCGGGGUCAAUCUACGUGUGACGGGCCAUUGCAAUCAGGGAGACCGAAGAUAUAUGGAAGAUGUCUUCUCUGUUGCGUACCAACAGACAGAGGACGAGAAAGACCUGGAAUAUGCGUUUUUCGGAAUAUUCGAUGGGCAUGGUGGUCGAGAAGCUGCCCAAUUCGCGAAAGACAAUCUUAUGGACUUUGUCGUCAGUCAGAAGAACUUCUGGUCAGAUGAAGACGAACUUGUGCUGAAGGCUAUACGCGAAGGGUUCAUCGCCACGCAUCAGGCGAUGUGGAAGGAACUGGAGCAUUGGCCAAAGACAUCAGCUGGUCUGCCCAGCACCUCAGGCUCCACAGCCAGUAUUGCCUUCAUCAGGAGAGGCAAGAUCUACACUGGACAUGUGGGGGACUCAGCUAUUGUUCUGGGAUAUCAGAAACCUGGGGACGACCCUCGUCACUGGUACGCGCGGCCGCUGACGCGCGACCACAAGCCCGAGUCGGUGGACGAGUGCGAGCGGAUCCAGCAGAGCGGCGGCAAGGUGAUCAACAAGUCCGGCGUGCCCCGGGUGGUCUGGAACCGGCCGCGGAUCGGACACCGCGGACCCAUCCGGCGCUCCACGGAGAUCGACGAGAUACCGUUUCUGGCCGUAGCCCGGUCACUAGGCGAUCUUUGGAGCUUCAACUCGUCCAACAACGAGUACGUGGUGUCGCCGGAGCCGGACCUGGACGUGCUGACUGUGGACGUGACGGCGCACCGCUGUCUAGUGCUCGGCACCGACGGCUUCUGGAACAUGGUGUCACCGCAGAUGGCCGUCACGAACGUGGCGCACGCCGAGCUCUUCAACGAGGAGUGCCUCAUCAACCACACCAACACGGGCGAGGAGCGCCAGUGGAUCAACCCGUCGAAACGGCUGGUGGAUUUAGCGCUAAGCAAGUGGAAGAUGAAGUGUUUACGAGCCGACAACACCACUGUCGUCACCGUCAUGCUGGACCCGCCGGGACCACCUAAAGUGCAGGUGCUGAAGAAGCGCCUGCGCCAGACAUCGGAGUCGGAGACGACGUCGGCGCCCAAGCGGCACGCCGAGGAGCCGCCGCGACUGCCGGACCGACACAAGGUGGCCGCCAAGUUCCGGCCGGCCUUCUUCCGCACGGGGCAUGAGACGCGCGUGCCGGGCGCCUCGCCACUCAGAGACUACAAGGUGUUCAACCCGGUGCCGGUGGUAAGCACGCUGAAGCCGGCGCUGGUGAGCAGACGCUCGUGCCCGCACCCGACGGCUGUGGCGGCGCGGCCGGCCAAGAAGCCAGUGACGCGCAGCCGGAUACGGCUCGGCAAGUGA